AUGGGUGGUUCAAAAUCGAAGCCCAUUAACUACGCACAAAUCAAUUUAUCGACAAAACAGAUCGACCUGACCUACACGACAACGUCACAACCGUUCACUAUUCAGAACGACAGCGAGACCAAAAUCAAAUACUCAGUCGACGACUAUACCACUGCAGACUACACAAUCACAUUUGCCCCUAAGAGUGGGCAAGUCUCCCCACAUACUCCUCAUCGGAUUACAGUGACCGUCGUCUUCAAGCAAAAAGUGAAUGUUGUUGUCCCCUUUUCAAUGCACAUCGCAGCAAAGAGUGAGACGUUUAACGUCCGACUUCGUGGGGAGGACGGGGUCUUUGGAGUCGACCCAAGUGAUUUAGAGUGGGUGACUGCAGACGACCAUCACCUCCCAAAGCCACUUUCCGUCUUAAACGAGAAUUUUAUGCGUUUGGAUGGCUUCAGGAGUGAAGGGGUUUUCCGGUUGGCUGGGCAGUCUUUUUUGAUGAAAGAGAUGAAAGGUGCAAUGAACACGUCGAAAGGCGAGUUGGUCAUUGAAAAGGACUUUUCGAUCAACGAAGUCGCGAACUUAAUUAAACUUUGGUUCAGAGAAUUACCAACUCUGUGUUUGAACCCACUUUCUUCUACACAAAUCCAGGCACCUAGUAUCGAGGAAUGCUGGAAUGGGUAUUGCACGUUGCCUCAAAUGAAUCGAGACUUGUUGGAUUGGCUCUUCGCUCUUUUAAUCAAAGUCUCAAAACAUAAGGACGAGAACAAAAUGACACUGCAGAACCUCGCUAUUGUCGUCGCUCCUAAUUUGUACGAGGCAAAUUCUAGAGAUCAAAUGGAAAUGAUGAUGAUGUCCCAAAAAGCUGUACAAUUCGUUCACAACGUCCUCUUGCACUUCGAACAAACAGUACAAACGGUUUAA